CAUCAACCAGGACACCAGCCCAGCCACGAUGGUUUCUUCCUUCUCAACGCUCGCAGUGCUCGGCAGUUCGAUGCUGUUGCACGCCACCGAAGCCCAUCAAGUCGUGAACGUGCCCGCGCCGACAUGGACGCGAGCAAAUUCAACUUCGAAGGAGCGCCGUGAACUGUGGAACCCGCUGUCGUUCCUCGAAAAGGAGGGAUUUAAGACGCAGGAGAACUUCACGCAGUUUCAGGUGGACAACGGUUACAAGAGUCUCCGUGAUUUCAUGGAUCGGGCCAAGUACAAGGUCACGGAGGGGGCCGACCAGGCUUGCGGUUGGACUGACCCGAAGGGCAUUCCGCAGAAGAUCCCGGAGGACGGAACGAUGCGUACGACGGGAUACACGCACGACGGACCGUGUGAGAUCUACAUGGGCGAGAAACUCGCCCUAUCGUACCUCAAUUGCCACGAAUCGAUCCCCGAGCAGACGUUCAAGCUGGAUUACAGUGGCUGCGGAGAUAGUUGCAUCCUCUACUGGUACUGGCUGGGCGUGCGCAAGCUGAAGGGCAAGUACUCGUGGCAGGUGUACAAGGAAUGCAUCCCGAUUUACAAGUAG